AUGCCGCUCGAAGAUGGCGAUGCGGAAGCGGAGCUCAAGAGACGUCGCGAGCGCGCCCGGCACGCACAAAGCGCCUUCCGGAAGCGCCAGGCGGAAGCCCAGCGCGAGCUGCAGGCGAGCCACGAGCAACUCAAAGAUGCCGUGAGGGACUUGCUGUAUGAGAUGCAGGCCGAUGACCGGCCCCAGCUCCGGGAGAGGAUAGUCCAUGCGGCUCGGAUUGCCGGCCUCGGCGACGUGGACGGGCAGGAAAUGCAGCCCGCUGGCCAUGCGAGCGUGCAGGCAACAUCAACCUCGCAGCGGCCGAGCAGGCAGUCGGGAGCAGCCGCAGCUGUGCACCGCGGUCGUGAAAGCGUCGCCGUCGAGUUUCCGAGGGCAGAGCACCGCGCGAUACUGCAGUCCAACACUCGUUUCUCGCCGAUCAGUCUCCCGUGGGAGACGACAAACUCCCAUGCGCGUAGCAUCAUCUACCCAGACCCGUUUCUGUAUUUGAGCAUCAUCGGCCCGCCCGCCGAAAUGCUCCCGUUUCUCGGACAGGGAGCAUACACCUUCGGAGGCCGGCUGACAUGGUACGUCCUCGAACGUGCCUUUGCCGCGCACGAUGCAGCGGUCAAGCAAGCCCAUUCCGGUGUGCCGUCAACUACCGCAAGCGCGGACCAUCCUACGUUCGCCGGCCCAGCCGUGGCCUCGCCGCAAAGCAUGAACGCCCGCGCCACGCAGGCAGUGAGAAAAAGGCACGGCCUCGACAUCCACGAGAUCGUCUCCACCACGAGAUCCCAUGAGGCGAGGCUGCGCAUCGUGGGCCUGAUAUCUCUGCUCAAUGCAUUCUUUGCUGGGGCGCCGCGGCGCGGUGGUGCUCACAGGAACAGCAGCAGCAGCAGCAGCAGCAGUAGCAGUAGCCAUAGCAGCGACCAAGACUCCCCGCCUGGCCAUUCCUCGGGGAGCGACCCUGCUAGUGCAGACGAGGGUCUCGUCGACUGGUUCGUCGACAACCCCAGCGCAAUAGCGACCGACCAUCGCAACGUGCUCAACUGGACCCGCGAGAUGCAGCAGCUCGUGGAGCGCGAGUACGCCGAGCAGGGCGAGGUGGCCAGGGAGUGGCUGUCGCCCCUGGCCGCAGAGCAGCGUGUGCGUGCGAUUGUGGGGGAUGACAUCUUUGCGGUGCUGAGUGCGGGCGCGAGGCGGAGUCUGGUGGAAAAGCAACGCCAGGUCAGAGGGGAAGGGGAAGGCGGAGGCGGGCACGAGGAAGGAUUUGCUGGGGGCGCUGAUGCGUUUGACAGCCUGCUGGACACUUUGUACCAGACUUACAAGUGUUUUGGAGAUGGUCCUCGCUGGCACGUACGCGUUCUGGACGGGGUCGUGAUGCACUGGGCACAGUCUUUGACUGCUGGCGGUGUUGCUAGCUGGGCAUGA